AUGACGCCGUCGUCGAACGACGGUCGCGCGAGCGACGAAACGCGCGAAGCGCCGUCGUCGAACGCGAAAACUAUGUGGCGCAAGGUGGCGACGCCGGUGCGGAGCGCGACGAAGAUAGCGUCGGCGCUGGUGGGUGGAUUCUUUUGGCAGGGCGAGGACGAGGGCGACGGCUUCGAGGGCGGGGCGAAGGAGAAUCGAACGAUGGACGUCGGACGAGCGAUGGACGAGGAACAGAGCGUGAGAACGCGUGGAAACGGUGCGGGAGGAGCGAGAGCGGGUACGACGACGACGACGGGGCGGAUCGGGGAGGUCGGCGGCGCGACGAGGACGACGCGGUUCGCGAACGAGGCGGCGGCGGCGGAGACGGCGAGCGAUUCGCCGACGCCGUUCACGGAGAUCAGGGAGUUCUUGCGCCGAGGACAGAUGGAUAGAGAGCGAAUGGCGCGAUCGAGCGCUGGCGGGGCGUAUGGCGAGAUUAGUGCGGCGGUGAAGCCGCCGUCGCCGUUUGAGCGCGCGCCGGCGUUUGACGCACACGCGACUCCGGCUCGGGAGCGUCCGAUGGUGGCGCAGAUGGCCACGCCCGGAACGACGGGUGUGGGCGCGAGUUCUCCGGGAUACGCGUCCGUGCGUCGAUCGUACGGCGCGUCGGGGACGCCAUCGCUUCUCGGUACGCGCGGUCGCACGGCGAUAAAACCGACGAUUCUGGAACCGCCAAUGGAGCAGACGCCAACGCCGCCUCGCGCGAGCUUGAAGCGUGAUCGUGAGCUGACUAUCAUGGAUCUUGAGCGUGAGCGAGCGCGCGUGACGACGCCUCGACGAUUGGAGUCCGCCGCGCACAGCCCUGGUCCGGGAGCGCUGGCGCGAGAGUCUGCGAGUCCGGCGUACCACACUCCCUCCGCCAAGCCAGUGACGAGCGCGGUGACGACGGAUACAGCGAAACGUAUAUUGCAAACUUUGGAUCGCUUGGCAGGUGCGCGAACGGCGACACCUAUGGGUGUCGCAGCGGCGAGACCUUCGUUGUUUGCGACUAGACCCACGCAACCUGUGCAAGCGCCGUCGCCCGUCGGCGCCGCGUUUGACAAGCAAGUCACGCCGACAUCGGCUACCUUUGUUGCGACUCCCAAAUCGGGCGUUUCUUUUGCGACUUCGCCGAUGCCCUUCAUCAGUGCAUCCUCGUCUGGUCGCGCGCCGACGACGCCGUACCCGACGAGUGCCGAGCCUGAGAUUGAGACGCCAAACUUCAAGUUCGGCGAAGAUAGCACCUUGCUCGCCACCGGUAAGAAACCAAAAGCGCCGUCCGGGCCUGUGGCUUCUGUUCCGAUAAAGUUCACGUUCGGAGAAGGUCAAACAACUCCGUUGUUUACGAAGAAAUCCGUCGCCGCGGCGCCAGUGAAAACAACGACGACGGUGCCACCGCCGCCGGCGCAACCGACGGCGGUCACGCAAAAGUCGGAGGAAGCGCCCGCUGCGAGUAAACCUGUCAUGAAUCUCUGGAGUGCGGAUUUCUUGGCGAAGAAUCAAGAGCAUCAAAAGAAAGUGCAAGCGGCGAUCGAAGAAGAAGAGAAAGCUGCGAGCAAGCCGCCUGCACCGUCGCCGUUUGCGCCGUCUGCCCCUGCCGGGGACAAGCCGGCGUUCUCGUUCGGUAUUCACGCUGCGAGCAGCGCGCCCGCCCCUAGCACUGAUGCGUCCGGGUUUACUUUCGGUUCCACCGCGCCCGCGGCGCCGACCUCGGCGCCGGCCUCGGCGCCAGCGUUUUCUUUUGGAUCCACGGCACCGGUGAAACCAGCGGAAACCACCGAAGUGAAGAAACCGGCGGGAGAGUCUGGUUUACUCGCGUUUUUGGGCGCGUCUUCGAGCGAAGCUAAAACAGCAAGUGAACCUGCGACUGCGCCCACGUUCACAUUUGGCGCGCCACCCAAGUCGCCUGAUAAUGUGCCCGUGAAAGUACCCGAUCCUGCGCCCGCGUUUUCCUUCGGCGGCGAAACCAAAGCGCCAGAAAGUUCGAAACCGGCGAGCGCACCGUUUACGUUCGGCACGGCGACACCCGCCGCAGCCGCGGCGCCGGCGCUGUUUACGUUCGGGGCGAAACCGGUAGAGAAGGCGGCCGAACCAGAGAAGGAAAAAUCACAGCUUUCGGCGUCCGCGCCCGCUUUUUCGUUUGCCGCGGGGUCGAAGAAGGAAGAUGAACCGAAAGCGGCGGAGACUGCCAAGCCGUUCACCUUUGGCGCCGCACCGGCGCUGGACGCAACGAAGCCCGCGGGGGACGCGUUAUUUAGCUUUGGGGGUGCUUCGGCGGAGAAGAAAGAAGAACAGCCGAAACCAGCGAGCGGCGGAUUUAGCUUUGGGGCCACGGCGGCGCCCGCGUUCGGAGCUGCAUCAUCGGCGGUAAAGGAGGACGCCAAGCCCGUGAGCGCGCCGUUUGUGUUUGGCGGUGCGUCAACCACGCCCGCUUCGAGCGGCGGAUUCACCUUUGGUGCCUCUGCGCCGCCAGCCGCACCGGCGAGCGGUGGUGGCUUCACGUUUGGUGCCGCUUCGAGCACUACCGCGGCUUCGACACCAUUCGGCGGCGGUUUAAGCGUGAACACUGGUAAACCCGCGGCGAGCGUCUUCGGUCAACCGCCGAAACCGGACGAGCAACCAAAUACCCCUGAACCGAUGAGUCCGUUCGAAUCUAGCAAGUCGCCUCUAGGUGCCGCAUCAACUGGUAGUUCCCUGUUCGGUGGUGCGUCCACGAAUAGUUUUGCCGCCCCUCCGGCGAGCAGCGCGCCGUCGACGAAUCCGUUUGGCGGCGGCGGCGCGAAUCCGUUCGCCGGCGCGUCGGCAGGCGUGACGAACCCAUUCGGUGGUGCAAGCUCAACGCCCGCGUUCGGCGGCGCUGCUGCCCCAUUCGGUGGUGCGUCGGCGAGUGCCAACCCUUUCGGCGGCGUUGCCGCGCCCGCACCCGCGGUUCCAGCGCCGAAUCCGUUCGGCGCCAACCCCGCGCCCGCUGGCGGCUUCUCCCUGGGCGCCGGCGACGAGUCCUCGCAGGGCGGAAGAAAGCCACCGCGCAAGUUCAAGCGCCCGCCGCCGCGCCGAUAAUCCCAACCAGCAAAAUCAC